AUGUUAUUGUUUGCGAAAAAAUCAAAAAUUUUCAACAAUUUAUUAAAUUAUCAUAAUUAUUCAAAAAAAAAAGGCUUUUCUAGCAAAAGUUUUAAUAAUGUCAUCAUAAAAAAACCUUCACGUAACUUAUCUAAAAAUUAUGAUCCAGCUAUUGUUGAGGAAGGAUGGUAUGAAUGGUGGGAAAGUAAAGGCUUUUUCUCAUCAAAUCAAGAAGUUGAUGAUCCAUCUAAAAGAUUUGUUAUGUUGGCACCACCCCCAAAUGUAACGGGAAAUUUACAUAUUGGACAUGCAUUGACUCUUAGUAUACAAGAUGCCAUUGCUAGAUGGUAUAGAAUGUCUGGAUAUCAAGUAUCAUGGAUCCCUGGAACAGAUCAUGCAGGAAUAGCAACGCAAUCUGUUGUUGAACGGAAGCUUUAUAGUGAAAAUAAAAUUACACGUCAUCAACUUGGUAAAGAUGAAUUUAUUAAGGAAAUAUGGAAAUGGCGUGAACUUCAUGGCAAUCAGAUAAUCCAACAAAUGAAACGAUUAGGAUCUUCAUUGGAUUGGAAUAAUUUAUAUUUUACAAUGGAUGAAACUAGAUCACAAGCUGUAAAAAAAGCUUUUAUCAAACUUUAUAACGAUGGAUUAAUUUAUAGAGAUAAUCGUCUAGUCAAUUGGUGUUGUGCUUUAGAAACUGUUAUAUCAGAUAUUGAAGAAUUGAUUGUGACAACUACCAGAGUAGAAACAAUAUUGGGUGAUAUUGCAAUUGCAAUACAUCCUGACGAUCCAAGAUAUAAAAUACUACAUGGAAAAGAAGUCAUUCAUCCAUUGUUAAAUAAAAGACUACCUAUUAUAUAUGACUCUGAAUUGGUAAAUAUGGAAUUUGGAACUGGGGUUGUAAAGGUAACACCUGCUCAUGAUCGCAAUGAUUUUUUAUGUGCAAAAAGAAAUAAGCUACCUAUUAUUAAUAUUUUCAAUAAGAAUGGAACAUUAAAUGAUAAUUGCGGAAUUACUAAUUUUGUUGGUAAAGAUCGUUUUAAAGUUCGUGAAAUUAUUAUAAAAAUGCUGGAGGAUCAAGGAUAUUAUCGUGGAAAAGAAUUAAAUCAUGAAAUGAGAAUUGCUAGAUGUUCAAGAUCUGGUGACAUAAUUGAGCCAAUGUUACAACCACAAUGGUAUAUUAAAUGUAGAGAUUUAGCAACUAGAGCAUUAAAAGAUGUAAAAGAAGGAAAUAUCAUGAUUAAACCUGGUCAUCAUAUUGAAGAAUGGAAUCGUUGGAUGGAAAACAUUCAAGAUUGGUGUGUUUCAAGACAAUUAUGGUGGGGACAUCCUAUACCUGUAUAUCAUUUAACAUUUUAUAAUCAAAUUACUGGACACCAUGAGUUACAACUUGCUGCGACAUCCAAGGCUGAAGCUGAAAAACAUUUUGAGAAAUAUUUAAAAGAAAUCAAUAUCGAGGCUUUAACUUAUACAUUAGUGCAAGACGAAGAUGUUUUAGAUACUUGGUUUUCUUCCGCUUUAUUACCAUUAACAGCUUUACAUUGGGCAGGAGAUGAUAAAAUACCCUACAAUUAUCCUAACUCCAUGAUAGAAUCAGGUUUUGAUAUAUUGUUUUUUUGGAUAUCUCGUAUGACUAUUGAAUUUGAUGAUGUUAAUAAUGAUUUCGUUUCAAUAAGCAAUUCAAUAUGCACCAUAUCUAAUGCUACAGCACAAGCAGUAUGGUUGCAUGCACAAGGAUUACUAUUGGAUGAUACAAAGUUAUCAUCUGUACCUAUAUCAGUGAAUUGUAGUAUGAUAGAUGAAUUGUUAGAUUGUUUAACGUUUAAUUAUUCAUGUCCAUUAACAAAUAGACUUUUUAAUAGUAAAAAAAAUGUUUCCUUUUUUAUAUCUCAUUAUUCAGGAGUUUUUAAUUAUGGCGAAAAGUUUAUUUCAGCAUUUACAUCAAGAUUUAUGGCAAAUAUAACUGCCAUACAAAAAUAUGGAAAGUGUGAAUCUGUAGAUGAUUGUCAGCAAGAUGAUUAUUGUAUAAACAAUGAAUGUGUUAAAUCAUUUACAAGAUACCAUCAUUCAUAUGGGACUGGAUUAGAAUUUAAUGAGAAAGGCCAAAUAAUUGUGUUGGACCCUAGUAAACCAACUUGGGUUGAGAGUGUAUGGGACGAUCCAUCUUUAAGAUUAUUUAUUGUUUCCUCAACUAACUUACAAAUUUUUGAAUUGAUAUUUGGUAUCACAAUUACAAUAAUCAGUAUUGUUGGUGUGUUAUAUGGAAAAAAAUAUUUAAUCAAAACUUUAAAGAUUGAUUAG